UCGCAAUUUUCCAGGAUCUUUAUGGGAGAGAGGGACUCGGAAAUGUCGUCAUAUCAUGAUUCUGUUCUAUCUCAAUUUUGAUUUUCAAUCGAAUGAAGAAGGAUUACUCAUGUUUGUGACGGUCAGACCCGAUAUUAUUAAUAUGAUGUUGACGGUCAGCGUCAGGCUCACUGAGAUUUACUUAGAUGGUUCUUCGUAUCACUUUAUUUUGCAAUAGCAAUGGGUUUAACCGAGACUGCCGUCCUGUCAUUUUUAGUGUACUUAGGUUGGGGCUGGAGUCACGAUCAAAGAUUUUUAUCACAAUGCGUUGCGUUGCAGCAAGUUAGUAGAGUCCAGCUUCAGGUUCUUACUUCAUCAUACCAGCAAAGCAUGUAUUUUCGACGAAUCAUAAUGAUUUGCAUGUAUCAAAAUAUAUGUUGAACAAGAGUAGUCCCGACUGAAAACGAAAAGCUGUAGCUUGAUUGAUGGCGUUCUUUUCUUUCCUCUUUCUUGCAUGGUCGCUACAUUUCCAAGGUGGUUUUUGAGCUUGAAAAAUGUCGAGAUCUAUGUUUGAUCUCUACCUUGAUGACG